CUUCCCAACACAGGGUCGAUCACCCCGGCCACCCCCUGCGCCCUGCCUUCCAAUUCCAUACGCGCGUGGAGCUUCUCUCCCCUGAAGGCCUCAGCAAUGGCCAUAGGCAACAGGAGCUAGAUUAUCAUCUCACCAGGACUGGAUUACCGGUCUAUGUAGCUGUCGGAUCUUUGGCGCUUCGUCCUCUGAGAGAUUGCAGCAGCAUCGACCGGUUUUCAGGGCGUUUCCGUGCCAGGACAGAGCAUGUGAUCGGCAUGGAUGGAUGAAUGAAUGGAACGGUCAGGCGAGGAGUCUAGCUUUUGCAUGAAUACUUGGGCUUUUUUUCUCUCUCUCUGGGUGUUUUCGGUGAGACAUUUUGCCGUGUUCACUAGGCAUCAUGGAUGAAGAAAAUGCUAGCUCUACAAACAGCAUCAAGUUAGAACUGAGCGUCUACAUGCAUUGUGACGCCUGCGAACGAUCUGUUCGGCAGGUCAUAAAGAACACCGGCGGCGUCGACAAAGUCGAGGUGGACAGGGAAGAAAACAAGGUGACGGUGACGGGCGAUUUCGACCCUGAGAAAGUGGUAAAAAGGAUCAAGAAGAGGACCGGGAAGAAGGCGGAGGUCUUGGUCCCCGAGGAGGAAGAAGACGGAGGAGGAGGAGAAGGAGAAGGAGCAGACGCGUCCCACGAGUCCUGCAGACACGGCGGCGCGAGGCACUACGCCUAUGUCCCGCGCUAUUACCAGCUGGUGCCCGCGCCUCCUCCUCCGGACACUGGAGGAGGAGCGGCGGAUGCGGCUCGUGAUCUCCAGAGGCACGACGUGAUGAGGCACUACGCUUGCGUUCCGUAUUACUAUGACCUGGUGUCCGUGCCUCCGGACAGUGGAGGAGGAGUAGGAGGAGGAGAUGGGGCUCAUGAGUUUCAGAGGCACGGCAUGGUGGGGCACUACGCUUAUGAUCUGGUGCCGGUGCCUCCGGACAAUGGAGGAGGAGGCGUGGCGCAUGAGCUUCAGAGACCGGCACGCUCGGACUGGGACCUUCAUUCCUUCGACGAUGAAAAUACACAGGCGUGCAGGGUAAUGUAGGGAGGAUAAGUGGUGGUAGAUUUGGUGUGCCCUUGCAUACAGUUUCAUGUUUAUUUUGAGCAGUAACCGAUUACUGUCAAGCCGGCCUAUUAGCUCAGCUGGUUAGAGCGUCGUGCUAAUAACGCGAAGGUCGCAGGUUCGAGACCUGCAUGGGCCAUAUUUUUUUUAAUUCUUUUAGAUUUAACACAAUCUGUCUAAGCUCUUUUUAAAACUUUGUUCAUUUUUCAAAUCCAUUUUUUUAUUUAUUCACACUGU